AUGGGGAUCUGCUACGCACUUACAGUUCAUGCUGCCAACAAAUGGCUGGUGUCGCUGCCUAUUACUUUGGCUUCUUCACCUUCCGAUGCUCUUGACGCAGGUCUUGGAGUCUCCAUCUUGUUCCGUAUCCUUCUUCUAUGUGUUGGUACAACUCAGAUCUUCUCUGGUUUAAAAUGGUUUGUGCGCGACUGCUUCGUGUGCUGCCUCGAGUCGCGCCGCCACUACGCCCGCGCCGAGGCGGAGGCCGCUGCCACUCUCGACGCCCUCUGCUGCGCGCUCUCGCCGGCGGCGUUCGCAAAGCCUUGUCGCGGCGCUGCAAGUGUUGCCCCCCUCCUCCCCAAGGGCAAGGUGAAGGAAGACGCCCGUGUGGUUCUUCUGCAGCUCGCAGCGAGGAUUGCUGUGUCCAACCUGCACAAGAAUGCCAAGAAGUCCUUCUCGGAGACGAUUAAGGACAUGUACUUGCACUACAACGAGAGAUCUGGGCUGCUUCUUUGUGGCUUCCAAACUUGAAAUGUUUGUUUGGAAGUUAGUUUAGUUUUUUGUUGUGGAUUCACAGC